AUGGGAUUGAUAUUGACAUGGCUGGAGGUGAUAUGUUGUAGCGUAGGUUGAACAUGCAAGUGGAAAAAUGUAUGUGCUCUAAUGAGACUGGGUGGCUGGGGCUGCAGCUGCAGGGAGAGGGGGGAUGUUUACUCUAUACCAACAACACAUUCUGCUCAGUCUGAGAAAGACACAGGCGACGUGAGCAAGGAAGGAGGCAUCGUCUCUGAUCAAGCAGCCGUGAUCAUGAGGACAGUGGUGCUCUUCCUUAUUAUGGGAAUGGUGGAUCUGAGUAUCGGCCAACGUUACAACCAGUUCCAAUGGCUGUCCCAUCUGCGAGGGCGGCGGUGGCACGCCGGCUGGCAAGCCGAGGCUGUGGACUGCCCCCUGGAGUGCGACUGCCCCUCAGCCUUCCCCACAGCUAUGUACUGUCACAACCGCAACCUUCAGCAUGUUCCGUACGUUCCCUCCCAUAUAAAGUACGUCUACCUGCAGCGUAACCAGAUCAGAGCCAUCCAGGAUGGGGUGUUUGACAAUGCUACCAACUUGGUCUGGAUUGUGUUGUUUCAGAACCAGCUCAACUCAGACAAGAUCAGCAAGAACGUCUUCAGCAAACUCAAGAACCUGGACCGGCUCCUCUUGGAUCACAAUGAGCUUACCCGUGUGCCUCCUAACUUGCCCAAGUCCAUCACAGACCUGCGACUUGGUCACAACAAGAUCUCAAAAAUCCAACCAAAUUCAUUCGAGGGGAUGGCCGACCUCACGACCCUUCAGCUGCAUGCAAAUGCUAUAGAGGAUGUUGGAGGUGCGUUCAAGGGACUGAAGUCGCUGACCAUGCUUGACAUGAGGAAAAACAAGCUGAGGAAAGUCCCUGACAACCUUCCUGAGAGGCUGCAGCAGCUCUACCUGGAGUUUAAUGACAUAGAGAGUGUGCCAGCAGGCUUUUUCACCAUGUAUCCCAAACUGCAGUUUGUGCGGUUGGCUCAUAAUAAGCUGACUGAUAAAGGACUUCCAUCCAGUGUCUUCAAUAUCAGCACACUGGUUGAGCUUGACCUGUCCUUUAAUAAACUGGAGAAGAUCCCUGUUGUCAGUAGGAACCUGGAGAACCUCUAUUUACAAGCCAAUAAAAUUAAAGAGUUCUCCCUGAGCAGUUUCUGCAGUACAAUCGACAUGACAAACUUCUCCAAGCUGAGAAUGCUGCGUCUGGAUGCCAAUGAGAUCAGUGCCAGAGACAUUCCUGCCGAAGCCGCCUACUGUUUGCGGCGUGUUGCCUUCAUUGAUGUGUAGCUCUUCCUGAUCUCUUGUCACUUAUGUGUCUCGACUCAUCCAGGGUGUCGCAUCUUCUGUAACACCCCAACUUCUUGUCACCUGUCAUAUAUUUACCUUGUAUCUUUCACUGUCCUCUCUAUCAAAACAUUUUUUGACAUAAUGUUAUGUUAAACUUUUAUGAGAGCUACUGUUAUUAUUCCAGACGCUGAGACAGUUCCAUUAUUAGUCAACAGGAAAUAUCACAGUUGUAUAAUCAUGUAUCUAGGUGACAGGCGCAUGGAUGGUAGAGAGCAACGACUGACAUCCUUUCAACAAACUAACCAGAUUGUCACAUCCGGUAUUCUGGCAAAAUAAUAAUCAAAGUAUAAACAAGUUGUAGCUGAUGACAACAAGUCCUGCUUGCGUCAUGUCUGGCAAAGAGUAACCUGUUUGAAACUGCCAGUCAUAAGUGUGAGAUUCAGUUUGGAUCUUUGCCUCCACCAUGUGGCACAAGGUGAUAAAACAGUAGGUUGAGCAGCAACAAUGUUCAUUAUCAUGAUUAUUAUUAUUAUGGUUUUUAUUUGGCAAGGUCACGUUAAUCAGUGUACACUGAGUUUACUGUUUGUUGCUACAUCUUAAGAAUAAUUUUGCUUUAAAGACUUUGUUGUGUU